GAGGGUUGGAGACGUGCUUUGCAUUGGCAGGCUGAUGAGGACACGUGUCUCCUCCCUGCCUCCCCCCCGGGCUCCACGGUACCGCAUUGGCAUCAGUAAAGGCACCUGAAAACAGACAACCAUCUCCUGGAAACGCUGCCUGCCACCUUAUAACCCAAAAGAAAGCGAUAUUAUAGGCCCUACAGAAACCUGUGGCUCGCCUUUUGUCGUGCGUAAAGCUUUUGCGCACACCGCCAAACUGCCUCAGAGACUGACUAGGUGCGCUACUCGUCGAGCAUCAGAGCGCAGUGCCAAGAUGCAGAAACGGAGCAGCGACGUCUGAAGGUGACAUGAACCUGAGGAUAAUCAAGAGCAGCAGGCGUACACUGAACACGAAGUGGAGAUAGCAACUGAAAACCGUCGGUGUCUUGAAGCAACUUUCCCCCGUGGCUUUAUCUAAUGCAGAGAAUCAAGAGCUGCCAUCCAAAGUAGCCUAACAUUUUUACUGAGAGGAGGAGAAAAACACUAAUUUAAGCUGCAGACAGCUGAGAUUUGGGAGAGGAACAAAAAAUGGCGACGUUAAUCAGAAGCAAGCUUUCUAAUAAACUGUCAAAUGCAGCCACCGCUGUCUCCAACAAAUCCCAGGCGAAGGUGAGUGGGAUGUUCGCCAAGAUGGGGUUCCAGGCCGCCACCAACGAGGAGGCUGUGGGCUUCGCCGCCUGCGAUGACCUGGACUACGACCACCGGCAAGGCAUGCAGAUGGACAUUUUGACAUCGGAUGAAGUGGGAGGAGAGGGCAGCGCAGACGGGCUGGAGGGGGACAGCCACUACCAGAGGGACGGCACCGGUCCACCGCGCUCAGCCUCAAAAGACGGAGGUCCGACGAACGAGUUGACUGAAGUGAGACCAAAAAUCACCGCUUGGGAGGCGGGCUGGAACGUCACGAAUGCAAUCCAGGGGAUGUUCGUUCUUGGUUUGCCCUACGCCAUCCUGCACGGAGGAUACCUUGGACUGUUUCUCAUUAUUUUCGCCGCCGUGGUUUGCUGUUACACGGGGAAAAUCCUCAUUGCCUGCCUGUACGAGGAGGACGAAGACGGGCAGCUCGUCCGUGUGAGGGACUCCUAUGUGGACAUUGCCAACGCCUGCUGCGCGCCCAGAUUCCCGUCUUUAGGUGGCCAUAUCGUGAAUGUAGCCCAAAUCAUAGAGCUAGUGAUGACUUGCAUCCUGUACGUGGUGGUCAGUGGUAAUCUCAUGUACAACAGCUUCCCCAAUAUGCCAAUUUCCCAGAAGUCGUGGGCCAUCAUCGCCACCGUCGCCCUGCUCCCUUGCGCCUUCCUCAAGAACCUGAAAGCCGUCUCCAAGUUCAGCUUGCUGUGCACAAUGGCCCACUUUGUCAUCAACAUCCUGGUGAUAGCUUACUGUCUCUCCAGAGCGAGGGACUGGGCCUGGGACAAGGUCAAGUUUUACAUCGAUGUCAAGAAGUUCCCCAUCUCCAUUGGGAUUAUCGUGUUCAGCUACACCUCGCAGAUCUUCCUGCCGUCUCUGGAGGGGAACAUGAGCAAACCGAGCGAGUUCCACUGCAUGAUGAACUGGACUCACAUCGCUGCCUGCAUCCUCAAGGGCCUGUUCGCCCUAGUGGCCUACUUGACCUGGGCUGACGAAACCAAGGAGGUCAUCACAGACAACCUGCCUCCAACCAUCCGAGCUGUCGUCAACAUCUUCCUAGUGGCCAAAGCUUUGCUGUCAUAUCCGCUGCCGUUUUUCGCCGCCGUCGAGGUGUUGGAGAAAUCAUUUUUCCAGGACGGGGGACGCGCGUUCUUUCCAGAUUGCUAUGGAGGCGAUGGACGCCUAAAGUCCUGGGGACUGUCUCUCCGAUGUAUCCUCGUUGUGUUCACCUUGCUCAUGGCGAUCUAUGUGCCACAUUUCGCCCUCCUCAUGGGUCUCACCGGCAGCCUGACAGGUGCAGGCCUGUGCUUUCUGCUUCCCAGUCUCUUCCACCUCAAGCUUUUAUGGAGAAAGCUGCUAUGGCACCAGGUUUUCUUUGAUGUCGCUAUCUUUGUAAUAGGGGGUAUAUGCAGCGUAUCCGGUUUUAUCCACUCAAUAGAGGGGCUCAUAGAGGCUUUCAAAUAUAACAUAGAAGAUUAGAUGCAAGCCAUUGCUGGAACUAGAUGUUAACUGCAAAUCCCCAUUUAGUGAAAAAACAAAACCCGGCGAGCGCAGCCCCCCUCUGCUUAAUUCAUGCGUAAAAAGCGCGCACGGAACACACGCAGACAUUUACGCACUCAUACAGUCUUGCAUCGAUUCAGAAAAAAAUGCGCGCGCGCACACACACACACACACACACACACACACACACACAGAAAUAGAGCCGGUGACAGUGAGGGAAUCCAGUGCACCCACAACACACUAUAUGGACAGUACAUGUUGUAUAAAUAUGAGAACAAACGUACAUAUACAUAUUUUCCAGUGGAGUGAACGUUUACAAUAUUGACCUUAAACAAAAUCGCAAAAAGGGCAGUUUGUCUUUUCGUCGCUCUUGUGGUGCUUCCCCACGAGACUUCACUUCAUGUUACGCUCGAGUUUGUGAUGGACCGAUAUACGACGGCAUAAUGUGGUUUAAUGAUGAUUAGGAUAUGUUUAUUUAAAAGUAAAAAAAAAUAACAAACGCUACUUUCUUCUAUAGGUAAUUUGCAAUAUGAUAAUGGGGAGUGAAUGUGAUGUUAACUCCAGAAAACGCCUGUGGAUACACAAGACGGAAAAAUAACACAACGGCAAUAACCAGCAAACCAAAUGAAUGAAUAUAGAAAUAUGUGUAAGAACAGCAAAGGUUCGUUACAAAUGAGGAAACUGGACCUUCCCCGGAGCAGUUUAAAAUACUGGAAAUGCAAAAUAUCAAAGUAGGCCUACACAGCAGCUAUACAAACUAUGCAUUGAAUGUAUGAUUUCAGACACAUUAUGACACUGGGAAGUGGAAAUUCAAUUCCUGCAAAUUUCGAUUCUUCUGCGUUAAAGUGUUUAAUGCUUUGAUAUUUUUUCCCAAUAUUUUAAAUUUAUUUGACUGAGUUUUGAAAUCGGCAAAAACGAAAUUCACCUGACCUGGUAAAACGUCCAAACCCCACAUCCUUGGUCCACAUAUCAGCUAGAUGGGGACCCCAAAAUUGAAAUCCUGCACACUCAAUUUACCAUAAUGCUUUUCAUUACACUUGAAAAUACAUGACCUGUUCUGAAAUUAAUUUGAAAGACUCCCGUCUCGAAAAUUCGGUGUCUGAGAAUCCAAACGAAAAAGAAUUAAAAAAAAGGAUCAUCAAAGAGGAAAAUGUGCAUACAGACAUUUUUCAUUCUGUGCAAUCCAAUGGGUCCUGUGGAAAUGUUAUAAAACCGUAUGUGUAGUGUGUUAUUGUGGUUUCAAAAAGAUGGAAUGUAUAUCUCAAAGUCGUUAUCAUAUAUCGUGAAAUUAAUAUUGAAUAUAAGAAUAAAGACAUAAGUGAAAUUAUAUUGUAAAAGUGUGUGGUUUUAUGUAAAACGAAAACCGGUCAGAACGUGUAUUUUUUUCCCUCUAUAAUAAAAGA